ACAACGGGACGGCUCAAUGUCGAGGGGUUACGGGGGGGAAAAAAAACAAACAAACAAACAAACAAAAAAAAAAAACAAAACAAAAAAAACCCCAAAACGCACAGCACAGCACGCGCACGUGGGUAAAGCCCUCGAGCUCCUCUAAUCUCCACUGCGUAACAUCCUAAUCUCGCGACACACACGGAAGACUGACCGACAGACCGACGGAGGAGAUUAGUGAAAUUAAUUCAUUAAACAAACAAACAAACAAACAAACAAACGCUCUUGUGCUGCGCGAGAUGCCGCUGCGCUGAUCUUUAGGAGGCUUCAGGAUUGCGCACGAGACCGGAAACCGUGGCAGAGAGGAGAGGAGAGAAGAGAGGAGAAGAGAAGAGAGGAGAGGGGAAAAGAAGAGAAGCCACUUUGGUUUGUCAUGUUGCGUUUGGAGUGUGGAGUGUGUGAGUAUGCUCACCAGAGCCCUGCUGAGCAGAUGCUGUGAUUGCAGCGGAACUUUCAUGCUUAGCUCGUGAACCGGGGAUCAUGUGGACGCCGACGGAGGACGAAAAGCUCGGAGUGGUGAUCUGCAGCUUCCGUGGCUCUCUGGCUCAUGGCCUAAUUCUAGAGAUUGGAGAAACUGUUCAGAUCCUGGAGAAGUGUGAAGGAUGGUUUCGAGGAUUCUCCACCAGGAAACCUAAUGUCAAGGGCAUCUUCCCAGCUAGCUAUGUGUAUCUGCGGAAGACUGUUGUCACCAACCGAGGGCAGUAUGAGACAGUGGUGCCUCUCGAAGAUCCCAUCGUGACCGAAGUCACCUCCACUCUACAGGAAUGGGCUGUACUCUGGAAGCAGCUCUAUGUGAAGCAUAAAGUGGACCUCUUCUAUAAGCUGCGUCACGUGAUGAACGAGCUGAUCGACCUGCGGCGGCAGAUGCUAUCUGGUCACCUGACCCAGGAUCAGGUUCGCGAGGUCAAGCGCCACAUCACCAUACGUCUCGACUGGGGCAAUGAACACUUAGGUCUGGAUCUUGUACCGAGGAAGGACUUUGAAAUGGUGGAUGCAGACCAGAUUAGUGUCUCUGACCUCUACAAAAUGCAUCUGUCCAGCAGACACAGUGUCCAGCAAACCACAUCACAGGGGGACAGCAUGCGGCAGCGUCAUGGUGAUACGUGUCGGGUUCCCGUCCCUCACCACCUGUUUGUCAAUCUCAAGAGCUUUACCUACAACACCAUAGGAGAAGACACAGACAUUUUCUUUUCCCUCUAUGACCUUCGGGAAGGCAAACACAUAAGUGAGAAGUUCAUGGUGAGGCUCAACAAAAACGGAGGCCCAAAGAACCCAGAGAAAAUCGACCGGCUCUGUGCACUGUUUACGGACCUGAGCAAUAAGGAUAUGAAACGAGACCUAUACAUUGUUGCUCAGGUCAUCAGGACUGGGCGAAUGCUGCUGAAUGACUCGAAGAAGGGCCCUCCACAUGUGCACUACCGACGCCCAUACGGAUGCGCUGUGCUCGCUAUGAGCGAUGUGCUGCACACCAUAUCAGAACUAAAGGAAGAGAAAGACUUCGUGCUCAAAGUUUACACAUGUAACAAUGAGAAUGAGUGGUUCCAGAUUCAUGAGAACAUCAUCCGCAAGUCCAGCACCAAAUACACUGCACCCAGCACCAACUAUGGUUUGAUCAUCUCCCUGCAGUUGCUCAGGGGAGAGACGGAACAGAUCCGUAGGGAGAAUCCUAUGAUCUUCAACCGCAGUGUCGCCAUCACACGCAAACUCGGCUUCCCUGAUGUCAUCAUGCCAGAAAUGAAGAUAGAUGAUUGUGAUAUCCGUAAUGAUUUGUACCUCACUUUGGAAAGAGGCGACUUUGAAAGAGGAGGGAAGAGCGUACAGAAGAACAUCGAGGUCACCGUGUAUGUGUUGUAUGCCGACGGAGAGAUUCUUAAGGACUGCAUUAGCCUGGGCUCAGGAGAGCCGAAUAUUAGUGAACACCGUUCACUCGUCCUCUACCACAACAACAGUCCUCGCUGGAGUGAAGUGAUCAAGCUGCCCAUCCCCAUCGACCGCUUCAGAGGCUCCCAUCUGCGCUUUGAGUUCCGGCACUGCUCCACAAAAGACAAAGGCGAGAAGAAGCUCUUUGGUUUUGCUUUCACACCUUUAAUGAGAGAAGAUGGUACGACGCUAUCCGAUGAGUGUCAUGAACUCUAUGUGUACAAGUGUGAUGAGAACACAACCUUCAGCAACCACGCUCUGUAUCUGGGCCUACCCUGCUGUAAAGACGACUUUAACGGCUGCCCCAACAUUCCCUCCAGCCUCAUCUUCCAGCGUAGCACCAAGGAAACCCUGUGGAUCUCCACUCAGCUCUCCUCCACCAAGCUCACACAGAAUGUGGACUUGCUAGCUCUGCUGAAGUGGAAAGCUCAACCUGAUCGUGUGAUGGACAUUCUGGGUCGAUUGAGGCAUGUUAGUGGAGAGGAAAUAGUCAAAUUUCUUCAGGACAUCCUGGACACACUGUUCUCCAUUUUAGAUGACAACACAGACAAAUAUGGUCCUCUGGUGUUUCAGUCACUGGUAUUCAUCAUCAAUCUGCUCCGGGACAGCAAAUACUACCACUUCCGCCCAGUGAUGGACACUUACAUCCAGAAACACUUUGCUGGAGCCCUGGCCUAUAAAGAGCUUAUACGCUGCCUGAAAUGGUAUAUGGACCGCUCAGCAGAGGUCGUCCGGCAGGACCAUAUUCAAGAAGCAAUGAGGGCCCUGGAGUAUUUGUUCAAGUUCAUAGUCCAGUCACGGAUCCUGUACUCUCGGGCCACCUGUGGCAUGGAGGAGGAACAGUUUCGCACCAGCAUCCAGGAGCUCUUCCAGUCCAUCCGCUUUGUGCUUAGCUUGGACAGCCGCAGCUCAGAGACUCUUAUUUUCACCCAGGCAGCCCUGCUUAAUUCCUUCCCAGCCAUCUUUGAUGAGUUGCUGCAGAUGUUCACAGUGCAGGAGGUGGCUGAGUUCGUGAGGGGAACCUUGGGGAGCAUGCCCAGUACCGUGCACAUAGGCCAGUCGAUGGAUGUGGUGAAGCUGCAGUCCAUUGCUCGGACAGUAGAUAGCAGGUUGUUCUCUUUUCCAGAGUCAAGGAGGAUUCUCCUGCCUGUGGUCUUGCACCACAUCCAUCUUCAUCUGCGUCAGCAAAAAGAACUGCUCAUCUGUUCAGGGAUCUUGAGCAGCAUCUUCUCUAUCAUUAAGGCCAGUUCGCUGGAGACCUCAGUGCAGGAGGAGGUGGAGAUGGUGGUGGAGAGCUUGUUGGAUGUUCUGUUGCAGACGCUGCUCGCCAUCAUGAGCAAGUCGCAAGCUCAGGAGGCGGUAAGAGGCCAGCGCUGCCCACAGUGCACGGCCGAGAUCACUGGUGAAUAUGUGUCCUGCCUGCUGUCCCUCCUGAGGCAAAUGACAGACAUCCACUUUCAGCACCUCCUGGACAACUUCCAGAGCAAAGAGGAGUUAAAGGAGUUCUUGCUGAAGAUUUUCUGUGUUUUCCGCAACUUGAUGAAGCUCAGCAUUUUCCCCAGAGACUGGAAUGUGAUGAGGCUCCUGACCAGCAACAUCAUUGUAACCACAGUGCAGUAUCUCUCUCCUGCUCUGCAUAAGAACUUCACAGAUGCUGACUUUGACUUUAAGGUUUGGAACUCGUACUUCAGUCUGGCAGUUCUGUACAUCAACCAGCCCAGUCUGCAGCUGGAGACCUUAACCCCAUCCAAGAGGAAGAAGAUUCUAGACAAGUACGGCGAUAUGAGAGUCAUGAUGGCCUAUGAGCUAUUCAGCAUGUGGCAAAACCUUGGUGAAAAUAAGAUCCACUUUAUCCCAGGAAUGAUUGGACCCUUUCUGGGUGUGACCCUGGUGCCUCAAAGUGAGGUCAGGAACAUCAUGAUCCCCAUCUUCCAUGACAUGAUGGACUGGGAACAGCGCAAGAAUGGAAACUUCAAACAGGUGGAGGCAGAGCUCAUAGACAAGCUGGACAGUCUAGUUUCUGAGGGUAAAGGAGAUGAGAACUACAGAGAGCUUUUUGGGUUGCUUACUCAGCUUUUUGGGCCCUAUCCCAGUCUUUUGGAAAAGAUCGAGCAGGAGACGUGGCGUGAGACAGGCAUCUCUUUCGUCACCUCUGUCACUCGCCUUAUGGAGAGGCUACUGGAUUACAGGGAUUGCAUGAAGGGAGACGAGACAGAGAACAAGAAGAUCGGCUGCACCGUCAACUUGCUAAACUUCUAUAAGUCUGAGAUCAAUAAGGAGGAGAUGUACAUCCGCUACAUUCACAAGCUGUGUGACAUGCACCUGCAGGCUGAGAAUUACACAGAGGCGGCGUUCACUCUGCUCCUGUACUGGGAGCUGUUGCAGUGGGAGGAUCGACCCCUUCGGGAGUUUCUGCACUACCCGGCUCAGAGCGAGUGGCAUCGCAAAGAGGAUCUCUGCCGCAAGGUCAUCCACUACUUCAACAAGGGCAAGUGCUGGGAGUAUGGGAUUCCUUUUUGCCGAGAGCUAGCCUUACAGUAUGAAUCCUUAUACGACUACCAAAGCCUCAGCUGGAUACGGAAAAUGGAAGCAGCCUAUUAUGACAACAUCAUGGAGCAGCAGAGACUGGAGCCCGAGUUCUUCAGGGUGGGCUUUUACGGUCGAAAAUUUCCUUUCUUCCUCAGGAAUAAGGAGUUUGUUUGCCGUGGGCACGACUAUGAGAGGCUUGAAGCCUUCCAGCAGAGGAUGCUGGGAGAAUUCCCACAAGCAAUUGCCAUGCAACAUCCCAACCAACCAGAUGAGGCCAUUUUGCAGUGUGAUGCCCAGUACUUGCAGAUCUACGCUGUAUCUCCAGUUCCUGAAAACGUAGAAGUGCUUCAGAUGGACCGUGUGCCUGACCGAAUUAAAAGCUUCUAUCGAGUGAACAACGUACGCCGCUUUCGCUAUGACCGGCCCUUCCACAAAGGCCCCAAAGACAAGGAUAAUGAGUUCAAGAGUCUGUGGAUCGAGAGGACCACACUUAUCCUCACACAUCCCCUGCCAGGCAUCUCUCGCUGGUUUGAGGUGGAGAAGAGAGAGCUGGUUGAAGUGAGUCCGCUGGAGAACGCCAUCUCCGUGGUGGAGAAUAAGAACCAGGAGCUGCGCACUUUAAUCAGCCAGUACCAACACAAGCAGCUGCACGGCAACAUUAACCUGCUUAGCAUGUGUCUGAACGGAGUGAUUGAUGCAGCUGUCAACGGAGGCAUUGCUCGCUACCAGGAGGCAUUCUUUGAUAAAGAAUACAUCUCCACUCACCCAGAGGACACAGACAAAAUCACUCAGCUCAAGGACCUCAUGCAAGAACAGGUCCAUGUCCUGGGCGUAGGGCUGGCGGUCCAUGAGAAACUGGUGCACCCGGAAAUGCGUCCCCUGCACAAAAAGCUUAUAGAUCAGUUCCAGAUGAUGAGGAGCAGUCUGUGCCACGGUCUGCCCGGCCUAGACAGACUGAGUGCAGCCUGCUCUGGACCCAGCAACCCACGAGCCAUCCUCCCGUCCCAUAAUCCUAUGAGCCCAGAGAGCAUCAAACUCAUGCACAGACACAGCCCAUCUCUCUCUCGUACCGUGCGUCACUCCUCGUCUUCCCUCUCCUCCAGUGAGACGGGGAACCUCCUCAUCCUCACUGACGGAGUGCUGAUGGAGCAUCCUGAAGAGCUCUACCGCAUGCAGCCCAGUCCCUCGACAUCCAGCCUGAGCUCUACUCACUCUGCUCCUCCUCAGAUGAUCAACUCAGGCCCCGGCAGCAUCCGAGUCGGAUCUCCAUCACUGCCUGAUCGAUACAGGCACAACCGUGAGAUGCUGAUGCUCCUGCCAGCACAUCGAGAUCGGCCCAGCAGCGCCAUGUACCCCAACCUCAGUGAGAACGGACAGCCUACCAACCUGCAGAGGGCCUUGUUUCAUCAGGUGAUCGGUCCAUGCAAGCCAUGCAGUGACCCCAAUCUCUCUGUGGCUGAAAAAGUGCUGACUGCUCCUAGCAGUUGGAGCCUGGACAGUGGCACAAGAGACGCGCUUCCUUUCCUCUCGGCCCAUGUGGGGGGUGUGAUGGCUCCACCGGUGCCCCCUCGCAACUUUCCUCCUGGGCACUUCUCGAUGCACUUUGAUGCUUUCCAGCAGCAGAUUGGUGAACUCCCUCCAGCUCUCCCUGCACGCUCCUUAAGAAAGUCACCUCUUCACCCCAUACCCGCCUCACCCACAAGUCCUCAGUCAGCUCUUGAUGGAAGUAACUCCACACUGUCAGGCAGUGCCAGCAGUGGCGUCUCAUCCCUAAGCGAGAGCAACUUCUGCCCUUCCUCAUCAGAUGCUCCUGCUCUGGACUCGACACCCAGCUGCCAGACGUGGACCACGGACACAGACGAAGCGGAGACGCCCAGCACCGUUCGCUACAGUGUCUCCGAGCCUGACGUCCUGGACAGUCUAAAGCCAGCCCCCUGCCGCAGCCACUCGGCACCUGUGGGCGUCAUGCCAGUGCUGCCUCCAGACGGGCACCACCAUAUCCACGCUGGACAUGUUGGCCAUUACCACCUCCAUCAGCAUGAGCCACCUCCGGCGCUUCCCCCCAAACCAUACCUGAGAGAAGGCUGCAUCCCAGAGGAGGACUCGAGACCUGUGCCGAGACCAAUGCCACGCAAGAUCUCCCAACCACUGCUCACCAACAAGGAAGAGCAAGCCAAAGUGGCAUGGGAGCAUGGGAUCAGUGAGGAGUAGAGGCCAGUAGUGGGGCAGGUCAAUUGCGUGUUGAGUGGUUGAAGCUGGGUUUGGAGAAUUGUAGAAUUGUAGAAUGAGAGAAUUUGAUCUGGUUCAUGUUACCUCCAACAAGAUCUUUUACCAAUCAUCAUAGGGGCCUCAUUGGUCCUGAUGCAAGAACUGAGUAAAUCUCUUGGAUGAACUUUCAAGCUUGUAGUGGUCUGGUUUAUGCUUCAUCAGAAUUGCUUCUGGGAACGGUCUCAAAAUGAACUUCUGAAAGCCUGUAAUGUUCUUGGUUUUCAAAGCAGUAGGAGGUUUUUAAUUAUUUUCAGGCUGUCCAUCAAAUAAUGGGGGCAGGGCAGUAAACAGGAAUAAGUAUUAACUGAAAGACAUUUUGUUUUUGUUUUUGUCUGUUUAACCAAAGUGGUGUCUCAAUUUGCAGUAAGUGUAUGAGGGUAUAACAGUUUUUAUACAGUUAUAACAGUGUGACCUCAUCUGAGAAAUAGACAAUCUCAUAUAGAAUCACACUGCAUCAGCAGUUUCGGACUACUAAAAAUUAGUUAGAUAGGCUACAAGUAUCUCAUAAGUUCCUCCAAACAACUGACAAGAAAUAUAAGAGAUAUUGAGUACAUCAUAUUAAGAAUAUGAAGUUAGAUUAUACCUGAUGAAUAUGAAAUAAAAUAGUUUUUUUUAUAUAUAUAUAAAAUCAUUAAGUCAGGAAUAACACACAAUGGGCUGUGCUGUUAUAGGAAAACAAUCCAUGCUGAAGUGGGGUGAUACAGCUUGAUGUGAAGCAGACUUAUUUUCCUAUAACUGCAUGAUUACAUUUUUAUAUUUAUUAAUUAAUGUCAUGUCACGUUUUUGACCAUUUAUAGUUAAUGCUAUGGUACGUCCUCAAAACAAGUUAGUUCCUGUUAUCACCAUAAACAGUCGUCCCCGCACCAGCCUCUCUGUUCUCUCUCAAAAAAACCUGACUUGUCAUGUUACUGAGAACCCGCAAACUCUCUCCUCUGUCCUAAAGACUUUCCCAUGGCGGAAAAUUUACUGACGUUACAAAGCGCUGACACUGAAGAAUCCUUCAAUUGUUGUAUAAACCUCUCCUUACAGAAAGCUUCACUAUAUCAGCAAUUACGUGUUUUUCUUUGUUAAUAACAACACAUAAAAAAAAGUUCAUUAUUAGCCUUAGAGAAUGUGGAACAGAAUAAAGACAAGACCCUGUGAAUUGGUUGUUACUACAGACAUGUAAUGUAUUAUAAAUCUAUUGUUUGUUAUAGCUACUGUCAGUGCUCCUGUUAUAGAAAAUGAAUCCAAACCUACUGAUUUCAAUGCUAUUUUAUUUAAAAAGAGAAUACAUUCAGAACACUGCAUCUCAAGAGAACACUGCAUCUUGGACAAUCUCCCUUCAAAUGAAGUAUCUUGAAAUAAUAGCAAAAUCAAACCUCCUAUUUAAGAAUGACUUUUCCAAAUGGUCUCGAUCCCCUAGAGCGUUUUCCUGAAUUUCAGAAGUAUGUUCUGAAGGAAGCAUAAACCAACCUUGACUCCUACUAGAUGCGUGCUUGCCACAUUACUACCACUACCACUACUAUUAUCUUUUUUUUUUUUUUUUGCUUAAGAUUUUUCUAGAGAACUGUGAGGAUUUUGGUUUUACAUUUACUCCUUUCGCAGGUGAUUUUACCCAAAGUGACUUACAAGUGAGCUAGAAUGUGAUCUAAGCGUAGAGCUGGAGUUGAAGUUGAAGUUGACAUUCAGGAAGCAUUCGGAUUUGAACUCGCAACCUUCUAGACCUGGGAUUUGAACUCACAAGCUUCUGGACUCUUGAGUAGAACCUUAAGCACUGAGCUCCCACGGUGUGACACAACUGAAGAUCUAUAGUAGAGUAUGAAAGCAUGGCAAAUGUUCUUGCUAAACGUUCUCGUAGACUUUAGCGACAGUCAGACGUGUGGAACAAAUCUUUGAAGAUGUAUGAUAUUGUUAGGCCCGUCCUACAUUAUGAUACUUCUAUUAACCACUUAGAAAGGAGAGUACUCAAUGUGUUAACAUGUCAGUUAUGUAAGUGGUUAAAUGUGAUUUAUUUUCAUUUGAAGAGUUUGAAUUGGCAGAGGGCGUACAUGUUAAAUUUGUGCAAAAAUCACUAAUCUUGGAGGGUGAAUUCACCUCUUUACGUCUUGUUUUUUUUUUUUUUUUUAAUUCUGGAAGAACUGCACUUUAGCACUUAUUUCUGGAGUACCAAAAACCUUUUGAAGUAAGUGACAUUUAUUUAAAAUAAGCAUUUUCGUUUUGCUCAGUCAUUCGGAUGAGAUACUCGGGCCUUGUUUUAUAUUGCUGUAAUUACAGACUGUCAUAAUUCUGUGAAGUGAAGUCUCUGACUAUAAACAUUCUCAUUUAUCCUUCCAUAACAUUUACGUGACCUUCAGUACUCCUCACCAAUAUAGUACACUUUCUAUUUUAGUUUAAGAAUUCAGUUCUGAAAUAGGAAACUCCCUGCCAAUUCUCUCGGGAGUUGGCACACUGACUUGGCACUAAGAGGCUUAUGUACAUGGCAAAGCUUCAUUACACAUACACACUUUAUUAUCACGCUGCAAAAGCAAAUCAGCCAACCACUCGCAGCUCAAUUAUCCACUUAGACGAAUACGAAAGCCAUUUCACAGAUGUCUUUACAGCGGAACUGCUUUUGCUCGCAGCACGUUUCGCUUUAUUAUUUCAUUUAUUUCCCGUUAGGUUUUUGUAAAGAUGAAUAUAUUUUUAGAUAGCAAUUGUAAACCUCCCUAACUUUAUCUAACAAAAACCUGUAUAGUAAAAAUAAGAAAUACAAAAUUAUAUAUUAAUAUUAAUCCAGGGUGAUGGGUGUGAACAUUUGAAUAAUGUACACUGUUAUUAUGCAAGUGAGGGGAAUUUGACCCUUUUAGCUGCUGAAGGAUGUGCAAUCGCUUCCUGGUGGAUACAUGAUGAUGUGUGAGACUAGAAGAUGUGAUUUAAUUUCAUAAGACCUUUUGUACAAGUGUGCAUGUUUUCUUUAUUAUAGUGAGGACGCAACAGUGAAAUAAAAUGACAGGAAUGAUAUACGUCAGUGACUUUAGAAGAAGAAAUGCUUCUGGGCAUGUGUAGUGGAAAGUAUAGAGUUUUCCACUGUGAGUUUGCAUUAUUUUUUUUUUUUCUCAAGGAUGUGACAUGGAAACUUGUUAUGGCUAAUUCUGUGACAAAUACCGAAACACAUCCAUUUGCAAUUUUUCAUAUCCCUGUUUUUUUUUUUCUUUCUAGUUUGCAGUACUACAAGCUGCUCGUACACAUUUAUAGAGCAAAUUUAUCCAUGCCAAAUUUGCACGAGCAGGCAUCAUGAUCAGUGUUGCAUUUCUGAAGGAGCAAUUAGUUACACAUGCUGCUGCUAAUAUUAAACUUAAAUGAGUUCAUUUACAUUUAUUCAUUUGCCAGACACUUGAGCAAGUUACAAAUGAGGCAGAAAAAAGCACAUAGCUGUAAUAACAGUAAAAACACAUAACAGUUUAGGGUUACAUUUUUGCUUAAGGACCUCAAAAUUGACUCUCUGAAAAUCGUGGAAUUUGAGCUCAUAACAUUCUGGUCACAGGCACUGACAUGUACAUUUAAUUGGGAAAAAAAAAUCCCUUCAAAAAUGUUGAAAAAAAAAACAUUGAAUGAAAGAUUGUCUAUGUAUUUGUAGAUCAUUGGGUCACUUAAGACUAGAA